CAUCCCAGAAGCGCAACGGACCGGGACGGGCGGGAGCAGCAGCCCGCCUUCCCCUUCAUUAAUCAGUUAAUUAUUAUUGUUGUUUUAUUAAGCGCGCAAGAAGAGACCCGCUUGGGCUGUUUUAGGUGGGGGACCACCGGGAAGCAUCUGGUAGUGUUGGCUGAAGAGAGGCAGGCUGCUGUUUCCUUUGUCACAAUGUGUGCCUCCACAAAAAGAGUUAACGCGUUCGUACGACUCAGGCCAUCAGCUGACUUCCCACAAGAUAUGAUCAAGUUUGGACUGGACAAUCAGACUAUCGAUAUCUACAUCGAGAGAGACCACUCAAAGGGGGUCGUCAACAACAAGCAGACGGACUGGUCUUUCAAACUAGACGGUGUCCUUCACCACGCAGCGCAGGACCUGGUUUACGACAUGGUAGCCAAGGACCUGGUCACCCGCGCUCUUGAUGGAUACAAUGGUACUAUCAUCUGCUAUGGGCAAACAGGAGCUGGCAAGACCUACACGAUGACAGGGGCUACAGAAGACUACGAGCAUCGAGGAAUCAUUCCCCGAGCCAUUCAACAGGUGUUCAAGGCAAUGGAGGAGCACUCCAGUCCGUUCAUGACCAUUCGCGUCUCUUACCUGGAGAUCCACAACGAGACCAUCUUCGACCUCUUGUCCUCAACACCCCAUGCUCCUGACCCUCCGCUCUCUGUCGUGGAGAGCCCGCAGGGGGUAUCCGUGAAAGGGCUGACCGUGCACGCCUGCCCCACUGAAGAAAUGGCUUUAAACUUUUUAUUCGAGGGAGACACCAACAGAACUGUUGGCCAGCAUGCUCUGAAUAGCAACUCCUCUCGGUCCCACUGCAUCUUUACCAUUUAUGUUGAGUGUCAUUCCAGAAUCAUGUCAGACGCCACCUACGUCACCUCCAAAAUUAACCUAGUCGAUCUCGCGGGCUCGGAGAGGUUGGCAAAGAGCAAGUCGGAGGGACGCGUGCUGAAGGAAACGACGUACAUCAACAAGUCGCUGUCGUUCUUUGAACAAGUCAUCAUUGCGUUGUCUGAGCGUAACAGGGAGCACGUCCCCUUCCGGCAGAGCAAACUCACCUACACCCUGAAGGACUCCUUAGGUGGGAACUGUAAUACGGUGCUGGUAGCCAACGUCUGCAGCGAAGCCAUUCACAUUGUAGAGACGCUCUCCACGCUUCGUUUCGCUACCAGAAUGAAGUGGGUGACCACCGCGCCUGUCCUGAAUGAAAAAUAUGACACAGAGCGCCUGUUGAAAAAUGUGGAAAAAGAGGUCCUCUAUCUGAAGGAGGAGCUGGCGGUGCAGAACAGCCUGCUCAAUCGCCCACCAGUGACGUACGAGCCCCUGAAUGAGAUCCAGGUGGCAGAGAUCAACUCUCAAGUCCGUCGCUUCCUGGAAGGGACCAUAGAUGAGCUCGACAUUGUGAGCCUCAGACAGCUCCAUGAAAUCUUCAACCAGUUCAAAGCCAUCUUGAGCCAGCAGGAACAGGAAGUGGAAGCCAGGCUGAGGAGCAAGUACACCCUGAUCGACAAAAGCGACUUUGCCACUUUGUCUGCGGUUCAGAAGGCAGGAAUAGUCGAUGUUGAUGGCCACAUGGUCGGUGAGGUUGACGGGCAAGGCUUCGGCGUUGGCAUUGCUCCCUUCUCAUCCAAGCCCGGCGGGAAGAGAGCGAAGAUAAAGAAAGGCAAAGAGCAGCCCAGCACCACUCCGCGGAAGGAAGGCCUGGCCAGCCCCGUUUCAGGGAAGGAGCUGGAUUCCGUUUCCGCCUCCCGCAGCCAGGGGUUCAGCAAGGAGCAGGAGGCAAAGGAGCCCCAAGACAUCCUUAGCGUGGAGACGCAUCACACCGAACCGGUGCCUAAAGAUGAAGCUGCAGCCCAGCCCAGUUGCCCACCGGCCAGGACUGCAGCCUUCGAGGACUUCAAGAGCGAGCGCGGCAGCGAGAUCAACCGGAUCUUCAAGGAGAACAAAACCAUUCUGAACGACCGCAAGAAGAAGAUGGGCGAGGUGACGCAGAGGAUCAACGUCCUCAAGCAGGACAUAGACGCCACCAAGCAGGUCCUGGAGGCCCAGAAGCUGGAGCGGGAGGAGCAGGGAGAAUACCUGAACGAGGAUGGUCAAGUCAUCAUCGAAGAAGAGGAGUUCCUGCUGCUGGUGAAGCUGAGGGACCUGCAGAAGCAAUAUCGGGCCGACUUCAGGGAGUUCCGAGACCUCCAGUCCGAAGUCCAGUACUGCCAGCACUUGGUGGACCAGUGCCGUCGCAAGCUGCUCACAGAGUUUGAAAUCUGGUACAACGAGUCCUUCCUCAUCCCGGAGGAGGUCCAAGAGGCGCUGAAGCCCGGCAGCGGCGCUCUCCGGCUCGGCAUGAUUCCGAUCAACAGGGUCAUGACUCUGGAGGAAGACGAGCAGGAGAGGUUCGACCGGAUGCAGGAGGAAGUGCUGCCCUACUGCCCAGCUUCCGUCUCCUUCUAUAACGCCAAAGCGAAGAAUGACCGCAAGCACAAGUAUUCCCGAGCCAUGACCGCCCUCGAGCACAUGAGGAAGAAGCCCUCCGGCAUCCAACCCAUCGUGAAGAACAAGCCCCCUUCUGUGCUGGACAUCGCGUAGCCGAGCCAGGGGGGCUCCAGCCUCCGUUCCUGAGCAGGUGGCACAUAAAGCAGCUGACUUCCAAGCGUGACUCAGAAUGCCUUCAUUUUCAGGACAGGCACAUACAGCAAAACCAAACCUCUGCAGUAUUCUGAUGGUUAAUGCUCAUACUUGGGCCCCAGUCUCAUCUCAUCCGUUGGUAUUAAUUAAAGCUGUUGUUGGUAUUAAUUAA